AUGGAGGCUGACACGGUUGAGCCAAGUGCUCGACGGGUAUCACUUGGCAGGCCCGUGUUCAAGCAUGGACGGAAAGCAAUGCCGCGUCAGUUCAAGAACAAGACUGUGGACUACAAGCAUAGAAGUUCGUUGACAGAGCGUGAAAGCACGCGGAAGAAAGUGUACAUGUGGAUCAGAGCUAAAGAUCGCAUUGAACGCAUAGCCAAGUGUGCCACCACGGGCAAGUACAUGACUGUUCGUGCACGAGGCACCGGGACGACGUUGCCCUUUGAUGUCGAAGAGCAGCUUGCGCGUUGGGUCCUUGGAAUGCGGAAAGACGGCAUCCCUGUGACCUAUGCCAUGCUGCGCAUGAUGGCCUUGGAGGCCGCCAUAGACGUUGGGCUUUCCGAAGACGAGUUCAAGGCCGGCUGGCACUGGAUCAAGGCAAUGCCGCGUCAGUUCAAGAACAAGACUGUGGACUACAAGCAUAGAAGUUCGUUGACAGAGCGUGAAAGCACGCGGAAGAAAGUGUACAUGUGGAUCAGAGCUAAAGAUCGCAUUGAACGCAUAGCCAAGUGUGCCACCACGGGCAAGUACAUGACUGUUCGUGCACGAGGCACCGGGACGACGUUGCCCUUUGAUGUCGAAGAGCAGCUUGCGCGUUGGGUCCUUGGAAUGCGGAAAGACGGCAUCCCUGUGACCUAUGCCAUGCUGCGCAUGAUGGCCUUGGAGGCCGCCAUAGACGUUGGGCUUUCCGAAGACGAGUUCAAGGCCGGCUGGCACUGGAUCAAGGGUUUCAAGAAACGGCACGACCUGACCUUCCGCACCAAGACGAGCAGCUAG